UCGUGGCCCUGUUCGGUUAUAAAUAUGGAUUUUAAAAAGAUUGGAAGUUUUUCGGGAAUAGUAAUAUUUUCUUGUCUAUGUAUCGUGGUAGCAAGUGGACAACCGCAAAGUUCUUCCUGGAGUGGUUACUAUGUAGACAAUGGCACCCACUAUCUGCUAUAUCAAGGGCCAAGUCUCAAACCCCAGACCUUUUUGCCUGGAAAUAUAUCUACUAACCCCGCGAUAAAUGCCCUUGAAGCACAGGAUUAUCUGCCAACUCGUAUAGUGAAUGGCAAGAAGAUAAAAUGCUCUAGAGCACCUUAUCAAUGUGCUCUCCAUUAUAAUAAUAAUUUCCUUUGUGGGUGCGUAAUACUCUCCCGCACAUGGAUUCUCACUGCCCAGCAUUGUAAGGUUGGUAGAGCUGGAAGAUAUACUGUUCGAGCGGGAUCGACGCAGCAGAGGAGAGGUGGCCAGCUCCGUCACGUCCAGAAGACAGUGAUCCAUCCGGGCUACAGUGAAUACACCAUGAAGAACGACCUGUGCAUGAUGAAGCUGAAGAGCCCACUGAAAUUCGGCCGGUGUGUCCAAAAAGCGAGGCUGCCGUCCCCGAAAACCAGGCGAUUCCCCAGAUGUUGUCUGGCCAGCGGAUGGGGACUGACCUCGGCAAACGCCCAGAAUGUCCAGCGGUAUCUGCGGGGAGUUAUAGUCUGCAUGGUGAGGCGAAGCAAGUGCCAGCAGGACUAUCGGAAGGCAGGGAUCAAGAUCUACGAGCAAAUGAUAUGUGCCAAGCGAAAGAACCGAGACACCUGCUCGGGAGAUUCUGGAGGUCCGCUGGUCCACAAGGGCGUCCUCUAUGGAGUCACGUCGUUUGGAAUCGGUUGUAACAAUCCAAAUUAUCCGGGAGUUUAUGUCAAUAUCUUGCAAUUUGUUAGAUGGAUGAAGGAGGUGGCGCGCAAUAAUUAA